CUCCUCUUCUCCUUCUUCUUCUUUUGUGUGUGUGGCAACAACUGCGGCAACCACACCACCCUCCCUCCUUCUCCUGUGAACCUGCUCCCACCACGCACCUACGAGCAGCGCCAGCAGCACCCGCGUUGAGCGGUAGUGCAGCAAGGCAGCAAGAGUCGCAGCGCAUCUCCCGUCUUGUGGUGUGUUGACGUGUGUGCAGAGAUCGUGAGGGCAUAAACGAGCGAAGAAGGCAAGAGAGGAGGAGGUCGCGGACCCCGCAGCACUGCAGUUGCCGCACCAGCGCGGUGCCUUUGGCAGAUAGGCCGCGCCACAACCGCAUCAGAACCCCGGCAAGCGAACCCCGGCAAGCAGCUGAGCACUUGCCAGUGCACUGACACACCAGGGCGCAGGCUUGAUGGACGAGAAGCAGACGCUGACUGCCCGCCUUCGGCGACGGCUCACGCGUGAUGAUGAAGCGGAGGAGCGGCACGUGCUGCGCGUGCGCAUCAAGCAGCAAGAUGAAGUACCAAAGCAUGUCACCCUCAACGACAAGCUUGGCGAGGGCACGUUUGCGACCGUGUUCACUGGCGUCACUAUGAUGCAGCCGUCCGAAACGCGCGCCAUCAAAGUCAUCGAUCGCCGAACAUCGAAUUGGAAGCUGCUUGAGGCAGAGUGUGCUGUACUGGAGCGUGUCAAGCACGAUCACAUCAUCGGCCUUUUCAUGAUUCUUGAGGCGCCCAAAUACCUCUACCUCGUGCUUGAAUGGUGCCGGUACGGCGAUCUUGACACAAAGGUGCGGCAAAUGCCCGAAAACAGACUGCCCGAUCGCACGGCCGCCCACAUCACGUUGCAGCUUGCAGACGCCCUCGCAUACCUCCAUCAUAAUGUCGUGGAGGAGGCUGCGUGCUGUGUACUGCGUCUCGUGGCCCUGCUGUGA